AUGGAUGAGCACCCGACAAGUGCUCUGCAAUAUGGGCACCUGGGAAGAGCGAUCUAUUAUCCCGAGACACAGACAUGGGGUUUCGCUCGGAGAUUGUCUCCGCCUCCUCAUAUCUCCUACGCGGGCGUGACGAAGACCACCGUUCCAUCGCCGCUUACAGCUCCGCAAUCGUCGCUUGUCGAGAACAAAAACGCCUUAAGAAGAGCUUACCCUGAACUUGCCGCUGGCUGGCACCUACUCAGAAACGAAACUCUCUCCCAUGUGAUCGCAACGACGAGCGAACGCUGUGACCCUUUAGUGUCCUCCCUCCUCGACUUUGGAUAUGCUGUUGAUCUGGAGACCGAUGAGUGGCGCAGUCGUGUUGUUCCAAUCGCGGUGGUUGCGUCGGGGGAGUGCGGCAAUUCGGUCUCGUUUCGCAUGAUUGAAGAGGACAUCGUGGAGGUGAGGCAGGAAAAUACUGUCGGAAUGCGUGUACCAUCGGUUGGAAACUCGGAAUGGGUCGAAUGGUGUGCCGGUGGAGCUCCUGUUCGACAAAUCUGUUUCGCACAGCCGGUAGAGGAAAAGCCAACUUGGCUGGCGGUUCGCUUCCAUCGUUCCACGUCCAUAUUUCGGCCGAUGUACCACAGGUCCCCUGUUCCGGUACAUGUUUACCGACAGGGCGAACGUGUCUCACCAAACCGUCACUCUAACUCCCGGCUCAAUGCCAAUCCUUUGGUCGAAAUAUCGCACCUACAAACGGGGGGUUUUGCUCAUGCUGACGUGACCUUCAACCCGUGGUAUCAGAGGCAGUUUGCUCUCGUUGACGAGCGUGGUAACUGGAGUAUCUGGGAAAUCUCUGGGAGGCAAAGGCGUCAUAAGAGCAAUUUGUCUGCGGCCUGCGUCAAGUCCGGUUCACUACCAUGGCUCGAUCUUGGUGACGGUCAAGAUAUAGAAGGACAUCCUCGACAUGAUGGAUGGGCGGCGAUCGAAUGGGUUGGCGACUUCAAGACCCUUAUCGUUUCGGACCGACGUUGUCUCAUACUCUAUCGAACAGAGGACGACGAUACAUAUUCGUACCCAAUAGAACUUGACCUCGGUCGGAAGUCUGAGUGGAUCUUGGACGUGAAAAGGAGCCCCUGCAACGUGUCUCAUGUGUUUAUUUUGACAACCUCCCGGAUUUUCUGGCUAGACGUCAGUCCUGAAUCCCUACCAGCUGCAGACAAAGGCUCGAAUCCUUCCUUAUAUCCCCGCUUGUCGUGGCGUCACUUCAGGGACCCCGAGGAUACCACGUUGAAGCUAACGCCGCUGAUUGUGCACACCGACUUCUAUCUUGUGCUGUACUCACGACUCAACAAAAUUGUGCUGUCAUUCCACUGUUCCACCACUUCUGGGGAUAUUGAGUCAAUUCCGGAUCCUUUUAUCUUGGACAUACCUUCAAUAUCCGAUGAUGAUAUCGAGCCCCAAGCAGGUUCCGAUAGCGCGCAAUUCUCAUCUCUUGUGUUCAAAGAAAUCAGCCAUCUCCCAACAUUUGUGAGCAGGGAUUACUAUAAUCCUGACCAGAAGUUGGUGAAGCUUUUUGCCGUUGAUACGCAACUUCGUGUUCGCGAGUACAUAUUUUCAGGCCCUGCGUAUGGUGGCACUGAAGACGAGAGGGAUCUUGGGGAUCAUAUCCUUCGGCCGAAGAAACGGCAGACAGGCGUGCAUAAAGAACAGUAUGUGCGGCCCAAGGAUGAGUUUGUUGUUGAUGACUGGGAUGACUCUGUCGUCGGAGCCGGUGCGUUCGCUGUGGCCAACACUGGGAUGUCAAGUAUAACACCCUUGGCGAUCCCCCAGUGGACGAUGGACUUUACGCAAGUCUAUGCGGUUGCUACUGGUCGGAUGAUAGUUGCAUCUUCCGAGGGUCAAGAAGCGCCAGCUGUCGACAAAAGUCUGCGAGAAUCCAUCCAAGAGUUACGAGACAAAGUUUCCAGCUUAGACCUGAGUGAUCAACCAGUUGGUCGGACGAUGCUUGAAUACCUUGGAAGUAGCCCCGUUCUGGAUGACAUUGACCAGAACGCCCAAGAACUCUCGGAAUACCUCUCGGAGAUCAUGGCAGAUAGCCACCUGCAACAAUUUUUUGUCCAGUUGCCUGCGAGUUCUGGCGCUGCGCCUCUUAUUGGAACUCCCUCCACUACGGGGGUAAAUUUGAUUGAUCUCUACGACAGGCUGGCCAACGACUGGCUCGCUAGCCUGCCUCACUACAUACCUGGGCGGACCCGGAUCAUGAAGGAGAAGGUAAUCCGGACCAUUGCAGCCGAUAUCGUACUGUCGCAAGUUACCGUCUUGCGACCUACGACACGCAGAUUAGGCGAGCCGUCGGAAAAGACACCAGAAAUAAGCACCAAUGAAAGCAACAUUGACGAAGAUGACAUCCUGUAUGGAACACAGGACAGCCAGUUACCCUUGCCUCCGAGUACUCCAAGACACCGGACGGAUGUCCCCAAGAGCAGUGCGACGGUUCGAAACGACACCGGACGGGGUGACGAAGGCCUCUCCGACAUGCAGGACGAUACUGUCCCUCUGUUCUCCAGUCUAGCGUCUUUCACAAGCUUCAACACCGAUCGACCCUUAGCUCGCAACGUAGCGAACAUGCUACAGCAGUGGCAGCCAGGGACAGACCCCAGCAGAUACACAUGGCAAAGAAUAGGCCAACCGUCCGAAACAGACGAUGGCCUGGUUUCCCAGCCCACGACCCCGAAGCGCAGACUACGCAAAAAGACCUCUCAGACGACCAAUGUGGAUUCCUCGGCACCGCCUUUGGUGUCUUCCGCGACGCCCGUCGUCCGGGACUGGGGCAGCCAGCCGGAUCGGAACGAACGGUUCACGUCCCGGCCACCACCGAGCAGCCAGGUGUUUGACGAAGAUCUUCCCAUGACGCAAGUUGAGCGUGGGACCUUUGGCGGUCGCGAUGCCGCGCGGAAGAACGCGGCCAAGGCCAGGAAGAAGAGAAGAGCUGCUGGGUUUUGA